CCUUCCACGUGUGUAUGUGUCUCGGUAAACAGAUUUGCCUGUAAGUUUGUGAGCACAACUUUCUGGAGUGAACAGUGAUGAAGAGAGUGAGGGGGCGGAACCCCGCUGAGCCUCUGCGCUGAAAGACAGCCAAUCGCUUCGUUCUCUUAACUGCCAGUCACCGAAAUCUGUCCAAUACCCGCAGUGCCAUUUCUAAACUCUAUUCCCCACUGUGUCCUCCAACUGUUGUAUGUUCUGCCAAUCGCUUGAGGACAGAGUGGGAAAAGGAGCAAGCAGAGUUAGAGGCAGGACAAAAGAAGUUCUAUAGACGGCCAUAUACAUAUAUUUUAAUGGUUUCAGAAGGCCCGUAGUUGGCGAAAACAAUAGCGGUGAGCGUGGACAUGACAGCGUAGUGAUGGAGCCCCCUUUAAGCAAGAGGAAUUCGGCGAUAAGAUUAGCGGAUUUGGCAUCGACUCAAGCCCUUCCUCAUCAGAAUAUGACAGGCUUCCCGGGGAUAGGGGGGCAUCACCCGCACUCCCACCAUGCCCACCUCCACCCUGGGGAGAUGGGCAACGACCCCGGAGUGGCUCUCACUCCAUUUGGACCCGAGCACAUGGCACAGACCAAUGCUCUCAAACUUAGUCCCUCUCAGCCUGUUCAAAGCCAUCCCGAAGCCCAGACCGCGGCAUCUUUCACGUCUUCUCAGACCACAGUUGGUUUCCCCGUGGCUCACCCCCACACAGGCUACACCACCAGCAGGGACUUCAUCCUCAGGAGAGAGCUCUCAGCCUCUGCUAUGCAUGCACUUGGCGACCAGCAUAGUUCCGCCUCCUCCCCUCAUCACCAUGGCAUGUUCAUUUCCCCAACAGGUGCUUAUGGGCACGCGGAAGGUGGUGCCCAUCCACUUUUCUCUGGACUGCACGAGCAAGCGGCCCCAGGUGCCCACCACCACCACCACCAUGCCCUCAACGGGCAGAUGCGUCUGGGUCUACCGGGGGACAUCUACGGCAGGCCAGAGCACUUCGGCCACAGGCCCGAGCACUAUGGAUCUUCUUCACUUCACAGCUACAACUCCAUGAACUUAAAUGUGAACCUCGCCACGGCUCCUCACGGAGCCACGGGGGCGUUUUUGCGAUACAUGCGGCAGCCCAUCAAGCAAGAGCUCAUCUGCAAGUGGAUUGACCAGGAGCAGACGUCCAAGAAACCCUGCUCGAAAACUUUCAGCACCAUGCACGAGCUCGUCAACCAUGUCACGGUGGAGCACGUCGGGGGACCGGAGCAGAGCAGUCACGUCUGCUUCUGGGAAGAGUGUCCGCGCGAGGGAAAGGCGUUUAAAGCCAAGUACAAACUGAUCAAUCACAUUCGCGUGCACACGGGCGAGAAGCCGUUCCCGUGCCCCUUUCCCGGUUGUGGCAAAGUAUUCGCGCGCUCGGAAAAUCUCAAGAUUCACAAGAGGACGCACACAGGUGAGAAGCCGUUCAAAUGCGAGUUUGAUGGCUGUGACAGGAAAUUCGCGAACAGCAGUGACAGGAAAAAGCACUCUCACGUCCACACGAGCGAUAAGCCUUACUUCUGUAAAGUGAGGGGUUGUGACAAGUCGUACACACACCCGAGCUCUCUACGCAAACACAUGAAGGUUCACUGCAAGUCUCCUCCGCCCCCUUCCGCCAACACGGGCUCCUCUUACCAUCCCUCGUCUACGACUAUCGGUGAUGCCCUCUCACCAAACCUGGAUCCCCACAGGAACCGUUCGUCGAACCUUUCCCCUCAGGUGACCAACCUAAACGAAUGGUACGUGUGCCAAGGGAGUGCUGGACCAAACAAUCUACACACCCCCUCCAGCGAUGUGCCAACGUCGGAAUCCGACGAUGAGGACUCUUUCAGACACACAGAUCCAAGGGCAAUGCUCUGAUGUGAACAGCAAGGAAUAUAUUCAUUGUGAAUUGUCCACAUUAAAAAAAUAAUAAUACAAAAUUCAAGUGUUGCAAUUCGAAGAAGUGGAACACCUAUGGAUGUCAGUGGGUGAAAAAUUUUGCCCCCAGUUUGCCCUUAAAACAUGCUCAGAGCAUUGAUGCAAUUUAUGUUUCAUAUGAUUAUCGCGUUUAUAAGCAGCUGUAAUUUGCAACAUGAAAUAACUGACAUAAAAAAAAAACUGUCAAUUUUUUAAAAAGAUUUUACCUGACUUGACAUCAAAUAAUUAUGAGCUAAAAGGAUUUAUAAAUUAGGUUUAAGUUGUUUUAUUAUUACUACACCCCUUUGUUGCACAGAAAUCUUUUAUAGAGAAUCAUUCUACACGUUAAAUGUCUGAGGGGGAAAAAAUUGCAGUGACAAUAAUUUUGAGUUUUUGUAUAUUGUCAGUGUCCAAAAAAAAUGAAUGGGUGGAGUCUUUGUUAAAGUUUAUACAAUAUCUGUGGUCAGGACGGUUUUUUUGUGAUAUUUAAAAUAUUUAAACCUAUAUUUUAUGCAAAAUCAAUGUAACUCUGAUUAAGGAGUACUAAAUAUGUCCAUUGAGACCCUAAAUAAUGUAUCAUUGACAGGCCUGUCCCUGACUGAUUUGUAAAUAGUAAAUGGUAUUGAUGCUUGUGAAUGUUUUCGUAGAGUCUCAACAAGUUUUGUACAUUGUAAUUUAUUUGCUGGUAUUAAUGUUGGUCUGGAAGUACAGAUACACCAAAGAAUAAUAUAAUUCUGGUGAAAAGAAGUGAUGCUUUUUAUCGUGUUCUGUAAAAAAGUCUUACUUGAAUAGGAUGUAUAAUGUGAAGAAUAUUUCGCAUGAAUCGUGUAGUAACUCUUUCUUUUGAGGUGCAUGAUGGUGUUGAUGGAAAAAAACGUAAGAAGGUCGUGAAGAAAUGUGAUGUUUGUGUAUAGCUAUAUGGAAAACUUGAAUAAAAGGCAGGACGUGUAAAUAUGGUCUUUUCAAUAAAAAAGGCCUUGAUUCAUUCA